GUUGCCGGCGUGCCGGGCUGUUUAUAGCAUACCUCCGGGUAACUCAUUGACCUCCGUGCCGGCCUCUCUGCUGGGAAGCAGAGGUUCCCAAGAUGAUAAGCCGCUCUUGGAAGAAAUUCCUUUCCUGGUGCGAGGGAGUGGCGGUGCUGGGCAGGCUGGCCCGCCUCGCAAACACGUACACAGCCCCGCGCACACGCACGGGCGGGCGCUGCGACCCGGCGCCGGCAGCGUUCCCUUGGGGACCCGGCUUGGACAGGUUUGAGCUUCGUGGCCAAGAGUUCUCCAGGAGCAGAGCAGCUCUGGGGAGCAGAGCAAGGGGCCCUGCGCAGGCAUGUGCGGAGGAGCAGGGGCUGUGUUGCUCUUCCUAAGAGAUGCUCUGCAGACAUAUGUCACCCAUAGUGCAGUGAGACCACACAGAUGGUCCUGAGUCCUGGUCCUGGAGUCUGGAGAAGGUCAGAGCAUGUGAGUGAAGAUGGAAUGAGACUCCAUUCCUGGGCAGCCCAAGAGAUCCCUCACAGCAGCCAAAUUGGUCUCUCCUGGUGUUCACAUCUGGUGUUCAGAGAGUACUGCUGUCAGAGAUGAGACGAGCCCUUCCAGCCCCACAGGAGCCCACAGUGCCUGUGCUUACAGAGAAAUCACCUGCAUCUUGCCUGGACAUAGCUCUGCUCUGCUGAGGGUGGCAGGGAGGGGCCGGUGCUGCUGGCUGCCCUCGCUGUGAAACAGGGAGCAUUGGGUCCAACAGGAAGGUGGUCCAGGAAGGGCUGCAGAGCCAGCCCUAGAUGGAGGAUGCUGGACAAGACCCAGUGGGGUGUCCCUGCAGGCAAAGAGUGUGACUCCUGCUGUCCCCGCUCGCCCGUGCUCCUGCCCCGCUGGGACCGCCUGCAGCCCACCGCAGCCCAGUGCCAGGGAAAAUGGUGGAGGGAGAAGAUCAUGGCUUCAGGUAAGGCUGGGGCAUUGGAGCCAAGCGACCCCGCUACCGAGGCAGCAGAAGGCUCACCAGACACCUCCCCAGUGCUGCCAGCUGUUGGGGAGGGCUUUCCACCAGAGAUUUCUCUCUUCUUCUCCAUUGAGAGCCGCUCCUCCCAGUGCCUCAAUUCCCAGCUCCAGGAAGCAGCCCGAAAGAAGCUGUGGGCCCUGGAGAGUGAUGAUAGAGAUGUCUGUGCCCUGUUCAAGGAGCUGUCAGCCAGGCUGGUCUGUAUGCAAGCACAGGAGGAUCGGUUCCUCCUCACCUUCAAAACCCUAGAAGAAGUCUGGAAGUUCUCCACAUACCUGACUUUAGGGUAUGUGGGCAGCUGCUUGGAGCAGCUUCUCUUUGACCGGGAGUACUGGCUAAACUGUGCUCUGAUGGAGGACACAGAGGUCAGAGUUACUGUGGAUGAAGAUCGCUUGGCCACCAUAUACAUGGGUCUGCUACUCCAGGAAGGUAACUUUUUUUCCAGAGCAGUGCCUGGUGUCUGGCAGCCAGAGCAGGAGGGAGAGAAAGGCCUGCAGUUCUGCAAGAAUGAACUGAUCCAUGUGAAGAAUGUUGGAGAGGAGUCCAAGUGGGAAGGGAUGUCCUUACUGACAGGUCAACGAGGCCUGGUGCCUGUGACAGCUCUAGAGCCAAUACCUCAACCAUUUUACCAGUGGUUCCUGAAGAAUCAUGUUCUGAGUUUUGGCAUCUCCCAGGAGAUCAGAGGGACAACCUCUCAGCCCAUUGUCAAAGGCAGGUGCACAGCCACAGAGGACCACAAAGGAGCAGCAUGGAAUGAACUGAGUUUCUCCAAAGGAGACAGCAUAGAAGUCAUUGGCUUCCUUAUUCCAGGACUCCCGUGGUUUGUGGGAAAAUCCCUCAGCAGUGGGAGCAUUGGCUUUGUCCCAACUGGAUACAUAAACCCUGAGGCUUGCGAACCUCUGGGAAAGGGCUUGGUGUUUCUGAGUGAAGAAGAGAAGUCUCCCCUCCUGCACAUCCCCUGCAAUGGUGGUGAGCAGCACUUCUCCUCCCUCCUCAGUGACCUGGCACGCACUGACAUCACCUCUGUGUAUCGCCUGGAUGGUUUUGAACCCACAGCUACAUUCCCAAAAGUGUCCUCAGAGGCUGUUCUCCGUGGCUGUAAAGAUAUCCAGCUGCUUCAGUCUUGGGAGGAAAUAAAUGGCUUGGCUACCACUAGCACUUCCGAGGUGUCUAGCCCUGGGAGUGAAUCAGCCCCUGCUACACUGGAAGAUGUUCUCUUGGAGAAGCUGGAUGACUUUGAUGAUCCCAAAUUCUUUAUUGACCUGAAUGUUGGACACAUAGAAGAUGCUGAUGUCUUUGACCCCAUAUUGACCUUUCUUAACCAAGACAGUUAUGUGCCCAGUUUUCAAAGCCUCUAUGAUCUCAGUUUUUCCUUUCUCAAUUCCACUUUUUAUGGCUUCUCUGAUGAGGAUGAACUGGUCUUAUACCUUGAGACAUCCAGGAACUGGGCCAAGAAGACUCAUUCAGUUUGGGCUCAUGUCAGACUCUGUUUCCUCUUGGGUAAACUCUGCAUCAAAAAGGUCAAGUUCUCCCAGGCUCGAGUCUAUUUUGAGGAAGCCAUGAGCAUCCUGGACAGGGGUUUUGGAGACCUGCCCUUGCUGGCUGCAUUGCAUGUGAACCUUGCCUCCAUCUACUUGAAACAGAACAUGAAACACAAGUUCUCCUCCCUGCUGGGAAAAACAGUGGCCUUGCUUGUCUGCUUGCCUGGCCACUCUUUCAGCUCUGAGAACGAGCUGGAGGUCAUGAUGUACCUCCUGAGGGAAGCCAUUGCUGUGGGUAACACUCCCUUGGAGGCAAGGGUUUGCUUCCUUAUUGUCAAGCUCUUCCUACAGCUGGGCAAAAACGAUGAAAUGUUGCCCUUUACUGAGCAUCUUCAAUGUCUCACCACCACUUCACUCAGCCUGGAUGCUAGCUGUGUGCCACUGGAUGCCACCCCCAUCUUGAGCUACCUGUAUGACAAGAAGUAUUUGCCAAAUAUUGCACUGGCCUCUGCCAGGUUGUUUGUUCCCAGUGGUGUCAAGGGGGGACAAACACCUAUUUGGAGAGCUGGCUUCAUCCUCCAAAAUGCCUCCAAACUCCUAGGAGGCCAACUGGAGAGGAGCAGCAUCCCAGCACUGGCUUGUUUCUAUCUCAAGCAGGCAUUGCACUUCUCCUGCAAGAGCAGAGCUGUGCCCACCCAGAGGACACUGUGUGCCAUCUUGUCCAGGAUGUACCUCCAGCAUGGUGUGUUGGAUGGGGCAGUUUGUUAUGCAGCCACGGCCGUACCCCUCAGCAGACUGAUGGGCGAGGAGGAAGCUUUUGAGUCUUCCCUCUCUUUGGGAUGGAUGUAUCUCCUGAACAGCCAGCCAGGCCCAGCUGCAGACAUCAUGGGACAGCUCUUGCACUCCCUGCAUGGGACAGACAGCGUGACUCAGGGGGGAGCUGUGCACAAUCUCCUGGCCAUUGCCCUCAAAGGAGAAGGGCAAGUGCAAAAGGCUGUAGAGAACUACCUAAGGGCUCUGCACAAAGCCAAGGAGACUGGGAACAAGAGGAACCAGGCUAUCACCUUAGCUAACCUGGGGCAGCUGAGCCUCUCACGUGGGGCAAACCAGCUGUCUGAGCUCUACCUGCUCCAGUCAGUUCAGCUCUUCGCUGAGCUCCAGGGUAGCGAAGACCUGGAGAUGGAGUUGGUGCAGGUGCUGCUGUGGCUAGCACAGGCCAUAGUGAACAGGCAGAGGUUGGAAGAUGGCAAACUCUGUUAUGAACUGGCAUUGGGUUUUGCCCUGAAGUGGCAUAAUGUGAGGAGUCAGCUUCACGUCACUGAGUGUCUCUGCCAUUUCUACAGCAAAGUGUCCCCAAACCUCCAGGCCUGCAUUACCUACCAUGAACAUUGGGUAUCCUUGGCACAACAGCUCCAGGACAGAGAGAUGGAAGGCAAUGUCUGGCAGACCCUCAGCCAGCUCUACCAGGCUUUGGGCACAUCUGAGGCUUUGAGACAGUCCCUGGAUUGCACCAAACAAAGUCUAAGGAUCUUCAUUGACCUGGAGGAGACUGUGAAAGCAGCAGAGGCCUGGCUGCAGGCAGGAAGGCUCUACUAUCUUAUGCAGGAAGAUGAACUGGUGGAAAUGUACUUUCAGGCAGCCAUUCAGACUGCUCUGAAAUCCGAGAACUUCUCCUUGGCCAUGGAUCUUUACGAAAAAGCAGGUGACACAUUUUUUAACGGCAGCAGAAACAGAGAUCGAGCAGUGGAGUUUUAUAGGGGAGGUGCUGUGUCCAUGGCCAGGAAGCUAAAGGCCACUAAGACAGAGCUACGGCUGUUUAAUAAGCUGGCAGAGCUGCAGAUUGGGCUGCAGGGCUACGAGAAGGCACUGGAGUUUGCCACACUGGCAGCCAGGCUGAGCAUCAGGGUCGGAGAUCAGUUGCAAGAGCUGGUUGCAUUCCACCGCCUGGCUACAGUCUACUAUUUUCUGCAUAUGUAUGAGAUGGCAGAAGAUUGCUACCUGAAGACACUUGCCUUGCGUCCCACCUUGCUGCAGUGCUCUGGAGAGGCCCUCUACUACUGCAAGGUGUAUUGCCACCUUGGCAACCUGACCCUGCACAAACUGAAGGAUGGACAGGAUGCAGCAGCCUACUUCCUGCUGGCCCUCGCUGCAGCGACUGAGCUGGGAGACCAGGAACUGCAAGACCUCAUUCGAGCCAAGCUGGGUGACAUCCCUGGUGCUCCACAGGGGCCCGAGGGCUUGCCAGGCUGUGCCACGUGCCGGCCCAGGUGGCUGAGCGAAGGCGGCCACGUCGUCUGACCACCUUGUCACCCCAGGGCCUGCAGUGGGAACCAUCAAGCAGCAUCGUGCCCUGCUGCUGGCACAGGCCCAUGUGCUCUCCAAAACAACCAGGCCAGGAGAGCUCCUGCACCUCAUCCUAAGGAGCUGGCAGUGUUUGGUCCUCUUGUCUCCAACAGGCAAGAGACCAAGCGCUUGGGACCCUGCCCUCAUUUUUCAGGAGCAGGGCUGUGCACUGCAGCACAUCAAGGCUGGGCAUCCAGGCAGGAUGAGGCCCCAGCAGUGGUGCUGGAGCAUGCAGUGCAGUGGGGCUGAGUGACAGAUGGCAAUCUGGGGAUUGACUGACCUGUCUAGGACAGGAACAGGAAAGUGUUGCCAUGUGCUUGCUUGUUCCCCCCCACCAGCUGCCCCACACACCUCAGGUCCCAUGGGGCAGCUCCACCUGACCCAAAUGUGUUUUAACUUGAAUAGCAACUCCUUUAUUUA